AUGAAGGUGAUUGCAUGUCCGCACUGCACCUUUAUCAACCCACCAAGUAAGGUGAAGUGCGGAGUUUGUCUUCGACUGUUGCGGAAGCGCGAGAGUAACGUAGAUGAUGGCUCCACCACAUCAGCCCACAGAGAACGGAAGGAGGCUCAGCCACCGACAUUCACCUCCCCUGAGCACGGGACGUCGAAGCAGCAUAGUGAGCACGACUCGCCAGAAACUUGCGAGUUAUAUGUGCGAGACAGCACGGCAAGGUCUCUAAUGCCGCCAGUCGCGCCGGAGAGCAGCAUGGAGGCUACUGUCCAUCUUGUCCAACCACCCGAUGUGGAAGCGAUUUCGGCUCCCCCUCCGGUGGUCACGACGCUGUUUUCCACGGCAUCUGGCAAGCCAGUGACGGUACGCCGCGAGUCUCUUCAGAAGGUGGCAGAGCGACUGGGGGACCUGACCGACCUUGAUGUGGCGGCGCGCGUGCCGGCGCUGUUUAACACUGCCAACGGGAAGGCAGCUACUGUGCCGAAGACAUCCCUGGCGAAGGCCCCAGCCUCUGCAGAUGGCCGGGGAGCCGCUGCGGCGCCAUCCACAAGCGCACUCACGCUUUUUGCUACACCCGGCAGUGCGCCGGUGACAGUGCCGGCCGUGGCUUUGCCGAAGCCUCCUGAGCCCUUGGAGCUGAGGUCGCUCUUGGACAAAUGUGAGAUCGCUAACACCGGCGCCGUGCACAGUGCAGUGGGACCUCGGCAAACACCACGAGCAGCGGCUCCGCCAACGGGUUUGACAACAAGCUCACCUGAACACAGCCUUCGCGCACCCGCACCUCACAUCAUCGGGGGCCAACGACGUGGCUUUGUGCCUCCGCAGCGGCGCUGCACUGCAGAAGCGCUCGCAAAGCCAUCGGCCACGGCACCACAGAUUCAGCCCACUGUGCUUACGGCUUUGCGAUUCAACCCAGAUGCGUGCUCGUGCCGUAGCGUAGCCCCCAGCCCAUCGCUGUCGUCCAUCACAUCGCUAGCCUUUUCCUUCAAGGGAAGCGAUUGCGGCAGUGUUCUGGGAGCCUUGCUGGGCGCGAGCGGCACUGAAACGGUGCAAGUCGGCCAAUGGCACGCGAUGCUGAUCAAGCUCGGCGCCAGCCCUAAUCACUGCACGAUCAAGUGGUGCCGCCAUGCGCUCGUGUCGGCGAUGGCUCGGAUGCACUUCAUGGCGACAGCGUCAUCCGGCGCAUUGUCGAGCGCCUUUUCCCCUCUCACGGUUCUCCUGUGCGUCAUGCAGAUGUACAACGCAGAGAUGGUGAAUGGCGAGCGCCCGGCGCUACGCAAGAUGGUGGAGGGCGACAUUUCCAGCACCUCCUUGGUGGUGUUGUGUAUGAGCUCCGUUUGCGAGGAGCGCAACUCGCCGCACAUGCGUAUCGUCACCCUUUCUGACGGCAUUUACCAUCUCAAGGUGACAUGUGACGUUCCGCUAAGUAGUUUGAUUCGUGAAGGAGUGCUGCGACCUGGGCAAAGGAUGGCGGUGUGCGGUGCCAAGUCGCUUCUGCAUGGACAGUGCGCCCCAACUGAGUGCGAGGAACAGGUGGUCCUUAGUAUUAACUACAACUGCGUGCGGGCGGUGGCUCAACAGACCCCGCUGGGUGUGUGCAACGGAGAGCCGCUUCCGUUGCCCUUGUCGCUCGUGCACCCGCUUGGUGGACUUGUGCCGGCAAUCGAAGGUGUGGUGGCACGAGUCUUGCCGUCGUUCUUCAUUUCGCAGGAGGUGGAGGCGUCGGCAACAACCGCCGAUGGCGCACCUGACGUGCGCCAUCGCGUUGUCAAAACGGUGCGUAGCACUCACGCCCAGCUGCAGGUGAGCGACCGCCUGCGCAGGGAGGUAGAGGCGCCAGCAGGUGGCGACACAGCCGAGCCGAAGCCACUUUUACGAGUAACUUCGCUGCUCGUUGUCAAUGACAACGCCGAGGCUCUCCUGCAACAGUGGGAGAGGGUGGACGAGCGUGCCUUACUAACCGACGACGAUGAGGGUACAUCGCUGCCGGUGGAGGGAAGCUGGGUCACGCUGUAUGCGGUCAACCCUGCCAAGUCGCGCACCGCCGCGACGCCGUUCUCGCGAGCAAAGUUGUUCUUUUCGUCUCGGAAACUCCAUUACGUUCCGUCCAAGGGCCCACUUCAGCACUUGCGACGCAUUUGGCAGUCCACCACGGACUACAGUUCCAUCACUGGGGUCGGCGAUGUAGCCGACGUGUGUGGUCUCUACAUGGGCAGCCACAGAAAUAACCAGGGCACUUUCGUCCUCCUGCUGAUGCGCAACGACACAUACGCCUUUCUUCAGAUUCCUGCACCGUCUGUGGGGAGGGUGCUGUCGCUCCCUAUCCCAACGACAGAGCGACUUCCUCUGGUGCUCCUGAAUGCGACGUUUCUUACUGGCGAAGAUUCCGUUGCCGGCUCUGACUGUUGCCGACUCUUCGCCAACGAGUACACGGUGCUCCUCCAGCGAUCCAUGCAGGCAAACUUGAAGGAGGCUUUGGAGACGGCCGCGCAACUUCGCGGAUUGGUCGAUGCUGUCCCACAGAAGUACGCCUCUCGCAGAGCGGAGGUGUUUCGGUGCCUUGAUGAGGGCGAUCCAAGUGGCGGCUUGGGCUUAAGCAGCACCACCCUGUCCAGCUGUGGCGCCCUAUCCGCACCAGAAGUGCCACCGAACGUUUGGCGUGAUGCGCCCCCGGUGAACCCAGGCGCUGCAGCGACACCCCCGAUGCCUCAACAGAGGGAAGGGAGACUGCCGUACUACCUGCGCCAAGAUAACAACAGCAGACGAACCGGCAAGCUACAGGGAGUGGUGCUAUCUUCCUCCAUUCCCCUCAUUCCUGCUGGCCCGACUGCGAUUCAGGGUCCUUACGGCGCUACCACAGUCCACCCUGGCGUAUGUGAGUCGCUUACGCGGCCGCCCAACUUGGUUGUUGCUGAUCGCAGUCACCACUACGGCAAUAUAGCAGACCUGAUGUUUCUUUUUGACCCUCUGCUCAAUCGACGCGCAUGGCACCCCCUCACAGACCCUAUCCAGGCCACCCACGCCGGCGCCGCGCAACAAGGUGAAAACUUCAAGUAUGUUCAGCUGUGCUGGCGCCUUUCGGCGGACUCGGCCGAUGACAUGACAUGCAGGCUGGGAGAGAUCAGCGCUCUCGGCACUGUUCUGGAGAGCGUGUGCCCUUUGCAGGAGCUCUGCUCCGUCAUCGCAGACGAACGGCACAUUGACGUCUCGCUGGCGAGGAGCGAGCGGCUUCUGCAGUGGCGCCGGCAGGAUGCCCUGUCGGUGUGGUGGCGGUUCUUCACCAACUCGCGUGUUCUCGACACUCCCGCUGACUUAGAUGGUGCUUCUAGCCAGUACCUGUGGUGGCUGCCUGUGGAGUGGGCAGAGGCGAUGAGAACAGUAAACGCAAAACUUCAGCUUGCCUUCUUUUUCUUCUCCCUCAGUGGUGAGGUGCUCCGUCAUGUGCGCCUCAUCUCUGACUGCUGCAACGUGGCAGAGCUCCCGUGCGACUAG